UAUUAAUUUAUAUUAUCCUAUACGAUUUGAUUCUAUAAGUCUAAUAAGUAAUAACUCAGUAUUUAACACAAAUAUGUGGAGAUAUGAUUUUACAAGAGAAUGGCUAGCACAACUGCGGAAAAUGAGUCUACUAAAAAUGGAGGUAAUAUUGAUGUAAAGGAGCAACUUAAAGAAAGGUCUGAAAGGAAUCGACAGAAAGCACUUAUGUUAAAAAAGCUUAAAGUUGUAACUCAUCCAUAUACAAGAGGAAAUAAUGAGUCCACAGUAGGAAGAUCGCUAAAAGUUCAAGGGCAGUGUGUUAUCGAUAGUGGUGGAGGCUUCCUGAUAGAAGAAAAUGACAAAUCAGAGCAACAGUUGAAGAUCAGAACAGAGCCAGAACUUGUUAUUGGUAAAUUUAAUGAAUGUGAGGAAUGUCAACAGAAAUUUGGAGAUUCAUAUCUUUUACAAACAUUUGAUCUAGUUGUUUGUGAUAAGUGCAGAGAUAAAGAAGGAAAGCACUCUUUAAUCACCAAGACAGAAGCUAAACUAGAGUACUUACUGAAAGAUUGUGAUCUCGAUAAGCGGGAGCCUGCACUGAAAUAUAUCGUGCGAAAGAAUCCCCACAAUGUGAAUUGGGGCGAAAUGAAGUUAUAUCUACAUUUGCAGAUAGAGCAAAGAGCUUUAGAAGUUUGGGGUUCGGAAGAAAAUUUGCUGAAAGAGAAAGAAAUUCGCGAUAUGAAGCGGGAGGGUGCCAAGAUUAAAAAAUUCAAUAAAAAGAUUAAACAGCUGCGAAUGCAAGUAAGAAGUUCGUUAUAUGAUAAAACGAUGAAAGCAUCACACAUCCACGAAUUUGGGAAAGAUAUAUAUAAUGAAGAAGAUGAUACGUAUAAGCAUACUUGUACAACGUGCAGUUAUGAAGAAACAUAUGAAAAAAUGUGAAUAUUUGAAUGAAUAGUAGAGCAUAUAAAUAAUUGUACAUUUAAUAUCAAUAAUUUUAUAAUUUAAUAUCAAUAAUUUUAUAAAGAUAUAAUACGAAUAUUUACAAAUAAUAAGAGAUUAGUUAUUCUCUCGCAAACUUGUUAGAGCUAUGCAUUUGAUAUCUAUAUUUCAUUGAAAAGUACUUGAUUUAUACAUUUGUUAUUUUAUUAAAUAAAUUCAAUAAAACGAUUUUAUAUACA